UUGAUCCCUGAGGAGGCAUGGCUCACAAGGAAGCAACAGUGAAAUCACCCUAGCUGUCAGUGCCUGACUAUGGACUCGUGGACACUAAAGGGUCACCAGCUGAGUGUGGACUGAGAGUCCCAACACAGUCUUUGUGCUUGGGUAGAGCCCAUUGCAGAGGGAGUGUCUUCUCUCCUCAGAGCAGAGAGUCCUGGGUCUCUCCAGGACAACACUCAGACAGAGAAGUCUCUAGGGCCACCAUGAUGCAUGUCCCUGCCUCCCGAUCCUGCCCACCUCUGCCAUCUCUGCUGCUGACUCUGCUGGUGAGAUUCACAGGAACUUCAGAUGAAGACUUUCAGGUGACCCAGCCUGAGAGUUCAGUUUCAGUCAGAGCUGGAGAGAUCUUAACACUGGGCUGCAACGUGUCUGCUCGAUCCCCAGCAGGGCCUGUCUUAUGGUUCAGGGAGAAUGGGCAAGAACGACAAUUAAUCUACAAUUUCAAUGGAAGCCAAUUCCCCCGAGUAACCCAAGUGGAAAACACAGAGUUCAACCAAACAGACUAUUCCAUCCGCAUCAGUGAUGUGUCACCCAAAGAUGUGGGCACCUAUUACUGUGUGAAGCUAACAAUAGCACACCCUGACAUGGCAUAUGUAUCUGGUUCAGGCACCUUUGUGUCUGUGAAUGGAACCACACAUGAGAUAUUCCAGGUGCAACAAGCUGAGAUGACACAGACUGUAUCAACUGGAGAGACAAUCACCUUGAGUUGCAGUGUACCAGAUUCAUUCCCAAAAGGACCCGUCUUAUGGUUCAAGGGACAUGGGCCAAACCGGGAAAUAAUCUACAAUUUCAAGGAAGGUUUCUUUCCCAGAGUAAAAGAAAUUGGACACCCCACCAAACCUGGCAACACAGACUUUUCCAUCCGCAUCAGUGAACUCUCUCCUGCAGACACUGGCAUCUACUACUGUGUAAAAUUCAAGGAGGGGAAACCUGACACGGAGUUCCAAUCAGGUCCGGGCACCAAGGUGUUUGUGACUAGAACAAGCAAUCAGGUUGCUCCAGGUGCUCCAGAGAGACAUCUUAUGACCAUGAGGGGAACCAAGUUGAGGAAAAAUCUGCUCUAGAGAAGUGCAAAGAUAUAAAGAAUGUGGGUUGACAACAUUGCACAGCCAUAUUGUUCCUGGUUCCAACCCCAUUUCUGGACCUCCGAUAAUGGGAAAGAAAACAUCUCCUUGUUAAGCCAGUUUGCUUAAAGUCAGCACUGUCCUAAGGGAUGCCAGGUGAUAAAGUUCCCACAUCCACAGAGCACUGAAGUACAAUUUCAAACCAUUUUUUCUGUUCCGAAAGCCUUACUUAUUUAAUUUUUCUAUUUUGUUAUAACCUCUGAACUCUGAGCAAUAUCCAGCUUGAGAAAUGAUUAAAUUGGUGAUACUACAA